AUGAGUGCGGAAAAAAUCCAAAUGGUGAUGGAGGUGAUUGAUGCCAUUCUGCGCGACCCGUCCAAACCCUGGGACAAACUGUUCAACUGGGUGGAGACCCGGACCGGCGUGAACCGAUUUAGACAGCUGCUGAUCAUGGUGACCGGCCUGUCAUUUUUGCUCUUAUUCAAUUGCGGGAGAGUAGCCAUGGUUAUCAGUAACGCGAUAGGUUUCAUGUACCCGGCCUACACGACGAUCGCGCUGAUGGAGACGCCCCGGAAUCCGGAGUCCACGGUCGAGACUACCAACAAAUGGCUGGCCUAUUGGCCCGCGUUCACCUCCAUACUGAUUGUGGAACAACACUUCGGAUUCAUACUCAGAUUCGUGCCGUUCUACCUGCUGUCCAGAACGCUGUUCCUCGUCUGGUGUAUCGCGCCCAUCAAGAACAACGGCGUGGCAAUACUAUACGCGAAACUGACCCCAUAUUUAGAUUUAUACUUCGACUAG